AUGUCUACAACUAAUAAUCCUAAUUCACCAACAACCGAUGCAAACUUUAUUAUCAAUAGCAAUCAUAUUCAUUAUGAGAUGAUUGGUAAUGAUAACAGUGUUAAUUAUAUUAACAACCUUAAUAGCACUGGUAUUGCUGAUUUUAAUAUUAUUAAUGUUAAUGAUAAUCUAGUAGCAUCUCAUAAAUUGAAUCAACAGACAAUUAUUCAAAAUAAUUUUUUUAGUGCAUGCCAUCAAAAUUCAUCUGCUAGUGACAUUUAUGCUUUGAUUAUUGUUCCAGCUCAACAUCAUCAACAACCAAUAGAAUCAAUUAAUAAUGAUAAUGACAUUAGCAUAAUAAGUCAAAAUCAUCAGUUCCAAAUCCAACAAUUGCAACUACAUCAACAGCAACCUAAUAAAUUUUUUCAUCACGAUCAUAUUCCACAAGUUCACCAAAAUCAUCAAUUGAUCACUAGAAAUUCUACACCAAAUUUUCAUUCUACUAUUGAUUCUAAUAAAAUUAAUAAUGGUAACAAUAACUCUAUUAAUUAUCCACUACCAUCAUCAGCAUUAUUAAAACCACCAAAUCAAGUUCCUCGUAAAGGUCAUACACGUAAAAGGUCAUUAUCAGCUCCCACUAUACCCUCAGAAAUGCAAGAUAGUCUUCCAUCAAAACCACCAAUGUCUUCUGAGGAAUAUCGACAUAAAUUGAAUGAGGAAUUGGAAAAGGUUGAUUUUAGUGAUAUUACUGUUAGUGAACUUAAAAAUUUGUUAAGACAACGUAAUAAACCUGCUACUGGAAAAAAAGCUAUUCUUAUGCAAAGACUCCAAGAAGAAGUCACAUUGUUCAAUAAUAAUUAUGGUUUUAUAAAUCAUCAAAUAUCCAAUAAAAAUUCAUUGUCAAGUAUGGAUGAUGGCAAUGAUGACAGUCAAAUGAUGAUGUCUAAUGAUCCUAAUGAUCCUACUUCACCUGUAUCAACAGCCUCACUAUUAUUAAAUGAUCCAUUAAGAAUGUUUGUUUCUUCUCCUCUCCAACAUUUUUAUAAUGAAGAAGAGGCUUUUCAGUUUAUUUUUAAUCAAAAUCAACAACAACAAAUAUCACAAGAUGAUGGAAAUAUGAUGAAUAUUAAAACUGAAGGAUAUUUUACUACUCCAUACACUUUAACUCAACAAGUUGAAGAUAUUGUUAUGGUUGGAGGUAUGGUUUGA